AUGGGGAAAUCAUCUUCUUUCCUCUACCAAGUCUCUCAGCACCGUUUCCCUGCAACUUUCAAAGGGUUUUUCUAUUUUUUACCUAUCAGUUUAGCUCUUACAACCCUUCUUCUCAUCUUCAUUUACAUUUCCACGACUGGGGAUGUCACCAAUAACCAUGCACAAACCACUCUUUACCUCGAGACUUUGCCUGGAACAGCCUCGGUUUCUUCCUUAGUCGAUCAAACCAUCCCAACAAUUCCAUUUGAAAAUAAUGACAAUGAUGACUUGUUUGCUGAUCCUUCAAGAAUGGCUCGUUUGGCAAGGGCCAAUCAAUGGUUUCUAGGAAAUCUCUUCGGCUUAACUAAUGGGAAUUACACAAAUAACCAGGAAGUAUACCAUGAUGGUGAUCUCUUCCUAGAAGACUACAAGCAAAUGAACAAAAGCUUGAAGAUCUAUGUGUAUCCUCAUAGCAAGGAUGAUCCCUUUGCAAAUGUGCUCUUGCCUCCGGAUUCUGAUUCCAAAGGAAACUAUGCAAGUGAACUCAUGUUCAAGAAAGCUUUGAUGAAAUCCCAUUUCAUCACCAAGGAUCCUAAUGAGGCUGAUCUUUUCUACAUGCCUUUCUCGAUUUCACCAAUGAGAACUGACCCAAGAAUCGAUGUUCAUGGAAUCCCUGAUUUUGUCAAGAGUUAUAUCUCCAAUAUCACCAGCAAGUAUCCUUAUUGGAACCGAACCGGGGGAGCUGAUCAUUUCUAUGUUGCUUGCCAUUCCAUUGGGAAGAUUGCCUUCGAUAAGGCAUUUGUAGCAAGACUCAACGUCAUUCAACUUGUUUGCUCUUCAACCUACUUUCCAAGCUCUUACCUCCCUCACAAGGAUGCAUCUAUGCCUCAAGUUUGGCCUAGGCAAGGCGAUCCUCCCAACCUUCUUACAUCGGAAAGGAAGAGGCUUGCAUUCUUCGCCGGAGCAGUGAACUCUCCGGUACGUAUAGCUCUUCUCAAAGUCUGGGCCAAUGACACAGAGAUAUUUGCACACUUCGGACGCCUCCGAACACCCUACUCCGAGCAACUCCUGGGCAGCAAGUUCUGCAUCCAUGUCAAGGGCUUCGAAGUAAACACAGCCCGCGUCGCGGACGCCCUCUUCUACGGCUGCGUUCCUGUAAUUCUAGCCAACCACUACGACCUUCCAUUCACAGACAUACUAAACUGGAAAAGCUUCGCAGUUGUUGUUCACCAUAUCGAUAUCCCGGUGUUGAAAAAAAUCCUUCAAGGGAUAAGCAACGAAGAGUACUCGAUGUUGCAAAGCAAUGCAGUCAAAGUACGUAAACAUUUCCAAUGGAAUGUUCCUCCACUUGAUUUUGAUGCCUUUCAUAUGUCCUUGUAUGAGCUAUGGAAACGUAGAAGCGUCGUGAGGGUUAGGUUAACUCCUUCUAUGGAGUUCAUGUAAAUGACUUCUUUUUGGUGCUUCGCUUCAUCCCUUAACUGUAUCAAGCUUCUCAAUUUGCCUGUAUUUCUUCUUCUUCUUCUUCUUCUUCUAGUUUCUAAUUAAAUAAAAUAUCAUCAAUGAGAAAAAAGUUUUUAAGA